GUCGGAGAGGCGACACUCUUGCAAAAUCGCGCAUGCCGUCCGUCAACACGCGAAAGUGUACUAGCAUGCUAUUUAUUCAAAAUCUUUUCGAAAUGUCUGUGUUGUAAUAACCGUCGACGGAACCGAUUCGCUCUCAUUCGAAACACGGCUUGGUGAACGGUGGAUUAUAUAUUACUGAUUACAAGUGGAUUAAUUUAAAUUAAGUACAGUGUGUUGCUGUAGUGUACAAUUUCGUUGUGAAGUUUAACUGUUAAUUGGCCAAAACGGAAGGAAAGCUCAAGAAGGAUAACGUAAGGCAGGAACCGGCCAUUGGGAUGUCUGUCUUACCGUCGCGUGUGACGCCGCCUAACCCCACCGAAAUUCCCAUCGGUGAUGGUCCGAUGGGUGCCCCGGACGCAAAUCCGGACGCGAGCUCGGCGUGGUCGCGGAGGCAGCACGCGGUCAGCGUGAGGCAUGCCUUCAAACACUAUGGCUCGAAAAGCAAACCAAAUAACGUGUUGUCUAAUCUCAACAUGACUGUUGCCAAAGGAACUAUUUAUGGAUUACUCGGAGCGUCUGGUUGUGGAAAAACUACCUUAUUAUCAUGUAUCGUAGGACGAAGGCGGCUGAACACUGGAGAAAUUUGGGUUUUGGGAGGAAAGCCAGGAACAAAAGGAUCCGGUGUACCAGGUAAACGUGUCGGUUACAUGCCACAAGAAAUUGCCUUGUAUGGCGAAUUUUCUAUAAAAGAAACUAUGAUGUACUUCGGAUGGAUUUUUGGAAUGCAAACAUCCGAAAUCAAUGAACGAUUACAGUUUUUGCUCAACUUCUUGGAUUUACCUAGCCAGAACCGAUUAGUGAAAAAUCUCAGUGGCGGUCAACAGCGUCGUGUGAGUUUCGCCGUUGCCCUCAUGCAUGACCCCGAGUUGUUAAUCCUGGACGAGCCUACGGUCGGCGUAGACCCUCUGCUACGUCAAAGUAUAUGGAACCACUUGGUUCAUAUUACCAAAGGGGGUAACAAAACCGUCAUCAUUACUACUCAUUAUAUCGAAGAAGCCCGACAAGCACACGCGAUCGGUCUGAUGCGUUCUGGACGUUUGCUGGCGGAGGAGUCACCACAAGCUCUACUGACGAUAUACCAUUGCCAGAGUUUGGAAGAUGUCUUUUUAAAAUUAUCGAGGAAACAAGGAGCAUGUAACGCCCCACAAGAAGUUAAUAUAACAAACAACAUUUCGUUGGCGUCUCUGGCCUGGGGCAACAAACGCGACCAGCCUGUGUACGUGAGCCAGGAGAGCGGAGUGGUCGGAUUGAAUUUCCAUCAGAGUAAAGAAAUUCUGAUCUCUGAUAGCAAUGGAUCGACAAUCGAUGUGAACGGAAAAACUGUUGGUGCAUCUGAUUUAUCAGUUGAUUGUGAUGAUUGCGGGGACUGCUCAGACUGCUUUCAGGUCACGUCUCGAGGAAAGAUCAGAGCUUUACUACAAAAGAAUUUCUUGAGGAUGUGGCGUAAUGUUGGUGUGAUGUUGUUUAUUUUUGCCUUACCAGUUAUGCAAGUAAUAUUGUUCUGUUUGGCUAUCGGUCGAGAUCCUACAGGACUACGAAUGGCUGUCGUUAAUAGUGAAAUGAAUUUUACUACUAUGGAAUGUCCUUUUGCGGAUUCAUGCAGUUUUACAAAUUUAUCAUGUCGAUAUCUAUCACAUCUAAAUACAAGUAUAGUGAAAGAGUAUUAUCCAGAUACAGAGUCUGCUCUUCAAGCAGUGGAGACGGGCAAUGCCUGGGGCGCUCUGUAUUUUACUGAGAACUUCACGGAUGCCCUUGUUGCCAGAAUGAUUUUAGGUCGAGAUGCUGAUGAAGAAACUCUUGAUCAAUCAGAAAUCCGAGUUUGGCUUGACAUGUCUAAUCAGCAGAUAGGCAUAAUGCUCAAUCGAGAUUUGCAGUUAGCAUACCGUGAAUUUGCUCAAACUCUCCUUGAUACUUGUGAUCAGAAUCCAAAAUUAGCUGAUGUACCUAUACAAUUCAAAGACCCGGUAUACGGAACUAUGGAUCCUUCCUUCACCGACUUCGUUGCACCUGGUGUUAUAUUGACUAUCGUGUUCUUCUUGGCUGUGGCGCUAACAUCAUCAGCGCUGAUCAUAGAACGAAUGGAAGGAUUAUUGGAUCGUUCCUGGGUAGCCGGAGUUUCUCCCGGUGAAAUUCUAUUUUCUCAUGUUGUUACGCAAUUCGUGGUGAUGUGUGGACAAACUGCAUUAGUUCUUAUUUUCAUGAUACUUGUCUUCGGGGUUACAUGCAAUGGUGACAUCGGAUGGGUGGUCGUCCUCACCAUUUUACAAGGCUUAUGUGGAAUGUGCUUCGGUUUUGUUAUAUCAGCUAUCUGCGAACUCGAAAGAAAUGCCAUUCAAUUAGCUCUAGGAUCUUUCUACCCAACUCUUCUCUUGAGCGGAGUAAUUUGGCCCAUUGAAGGAAUGCCACUAGUACUAAGGUAUAUAUCUCUCGGACUUCCAUUAACAAUGGCAACAACUUCCCUUCGUUCCAUGUUGACCAGAGGCUGGAGUAUAUUUGAACCUGAUGUAUAUAAUGGUUUCAUAUCUACAUUAAUAUGGAUUGUGUUAUUCUUAGUAAUAACAAUGCUCGUAUUAAAAUUCAAAAGAGGUUAAGUAGUUGGCAGAAAAAUAGAGUGCAUGAGUUAUCUUUCUUAUCCUUUCUGGAUUAGUAAUUUGUUGAGAAAAUGUUAAAUAUGAUUGCGAGAUUGUGAAGUUGAACAUAAGACAAUUGUUUAAUUAUAAGGAACGAAUUUAGUGAGAUUGUGUAUUAAAUAAAUAUAUAUGUAUGUAUAUAUAAAUAAAAGCAUAU